CAAAGUGAAAGUGAGAGCGAAUGGAUAUGUUCUGAGCCACCCCAUCACCAUAAAUUUCUAAUUGUUUCUAUUUCUCCUGAAAAAAACCAUCUCAAUUAAUGGGUACCCAUAACCUCUCAUCUCUUCCUUUUGCAAUUUUCACUUGUCAUUCCCAGCCCUCCAAACGCCAUCUCUCUCUUCCUUUGACAUCUCUUUAUGGCAAAAACCUUUUACUUAAACCCUCCACCCGUUUCGUCUUUAAACGCCAUUUCUCGGUCACCACUGCCACCGUCUCGCUUAGCCUCCCGACUGCGAAACCGGAUAGGACCCCUUCUGAGAAAUCCCCAAAAUGGUCGUCGAGAUCGAUAAAGUCCUUUGCAAUGGCGGAAUUGGAGGCAAGGAAGCUCAAGUAUCCAAAUACCGGGACUGAAGCGCUUCUUAUGGGAAUUCUGGUCGAGGGAACAAGCCAAGCUGCAAAAUUUUUAAGGGCUAAUGGAAUCACACUUUUCAAAGUGCGAGAAGAAACGGUGAGCUUACUUGGAAAGUCAGAUAUGUAUUUUUUCAGUCCUGAACAUCCUCCGCUAACUGAACAAGCUCAAAGGGCUCUUGAUUGGGCUGUUGAUGAAAAGCUAAAGUCAGGUGAAAGUGGGGAAAUAACCACAACUUACUUGCUUCUUGGUAUUUGGUCAGAGAAAGAAUCAGCAGGCCACAAGAUCUUGGCCACUUUAGGUUUUGAUGAUGAGAAAGCCAAAGAACUUGAAAAAUACCUUAACGAGGAUAUUGUUAUGAACUACAAGUAGGUCAAAAGAUUUCUGCAAGUUCCAACUUUGAACCGACUACGCGAUACUUCUUGGGGCAGAUAACAUAGGAGGGUUUUCCUCCUUAAUUGUUCAAAGUUUAACAUUGAUAGGUACCCAUUGUUGUUUUUUUUUUCCUGAAAAAACUGCAAAUGUUGUAACCUUUAGUUUUUCCAUGAA